AUGCUGCUCAACUCGAACCGCAACAAUGAAUAUGUGAAACGCGCCGACGGCGGCUUCGCGCGCGGCCAGGCCACCGAGGACUUCUGGCAGAAGCCCGCCGGCGCCUCCAGCGGCCACCUCGCGGCCGGGUCCGGCGUGCUUUUGAAGGAGAAGCCGCCGCCGCCGCCGCGGCGGCGCCCAGCGGCGCCCUGGGCCUGGGCCGAGGAGGUGCGCGCGGCCGCCGCCGCGCGCGCGGCCGAGGAGGCCUUCGACGCUUCCACAGAAGUGGACGAGGCGCCUUUACGAAUGCUCCAGGCGAAGCUCGUGGCGCUGCGGAGGCUGCGCGACGCCGCGGGAGUUGAGGACGCGGCGAAACUCGAGGCCGAGGCGGCGGAGGCGGCGAAGGCCGUCGACGCACACCGACGUUCAGUGGGUAAAGCGUGGCCCGUGGCGCCGCGCUAUCUGCGGCACGGGGGCGACCGCGAGGAGAUCGUCGAGGAAAUAGCUGGUACGGACGCCCUCGGCAACAACGCCAGGGUAGUACCACCGCCGUUACAACAGCAGCCGCCUCUGGAAAAUGCGACGCGCUGGCCCGUCGACGCCGUGCUUGCUAGAUUACGGGCGCACCUCGCGAUGGGCCGCCGCGACCCGCGCUUCGGCCUGAAGACGGCGACGCAGGAGUUGCGGCGGCUCGUCUUCGUCUUGCAGCCGCCCGUCGCGGACAGCCUCGGCCCCCGGGAAUUAGUAAGGCUCUUCGCGGCGCUCGGGUUGCGGAUCACGGACCACCAGGGCCAACUGAUUUUGGACGCGUGCGCCGCGCCCGCGGGCCUAUCCAUCAACUCGAUGGGAACGCUGGCGCGCGCCGCCUCGCAGCACAAGGUCGCGCCGCCGCCCACGCAGCAGAUGAACGCAACGCAACAACGACGAUGUUUAGUGGAGACGCCGCCGCCGCCGCCGCCGUCGCCUCCUCGAGAACCAAAACCCCAAGAGGAAGCUACGUUAGGCCACGACCUCGCCGACUACAUCAACGACGACGACGGCGCCCAUCCUCCGAGCAACCGGCCAGAAUCCCCGGAGCCGCACAACCAAACAAAUCCCCGCCCGCCGACCGCGGGACGGAAUGCGCGGCGCGCCCGACAACCCGUGACCAUGCUCCACGGUCUAGCGGAUGUGGAGUUGCAACAGAACAAGGACCACUACCGGCGCAACAUAGAAGCGAACAAGAGAAGUGGGAGGAACAUCAUUUUCUAA